ACGCAAUCCAAAGGGGAGGGUUUUAGAAACAGCCAACGGUUUCUUGUCUACCCAAAAACCCUAGCCAGUGAAUGUAGUUUGUUGAAGCUCAAUGCUUCUUCAUCACCAAUAAAGGGUCAUGGCUGCUCUGGCUCACGCCCUGCUCGGCAUUCCAUCUCGGUGUGGUCUUUGCCGAGCCAUUAAUCCCAAGGAAGAAUUCAAGGUCUGCGCUUGGGGGUUUUCCAGAACAGCAAGUAGCUCUGGAAUCUGUAUUUCUAGGGUUCCAAGGAGGAAGAAUGGUAAUCUCACCGGCCCUUGGAUGCUGAAUGCAGUUCAAACCCUCAUCGUCCACAAUGCUCCAGCUCAGGCCACUGUUGAAAUCCCGGUUACCUAUCACCAGCUUAUUGGUGUUCCCGAUCAAGCUGAGAAAGAUGAGGUUGUUAAAUCAGUAACGGAUUUGAAGACUGCUCAAAUGGAUGAUGGUUACACCAUAGAUGCUGUUAAAUCUCGCCAGGAUCUCUUAAUGGAUGUGAGAGAAAAGCUUAUUUUUGGACCAGAAUAUUCUGGUAAUUAUAAGGGAAAGGUUCCACCUAAAUCUUCCCUUCGAAUCCCUUGGGCAUGGUUGCCAGCUGUUCUUUGCCUGCUUCAAGAGGUUGGUGAAGUAAAGCUUGUGCAAGAUAUUGGUCAGGCAGCUGUUCGGCAUCCAGAUGCCAAGCCAUAUAUUCACGAUCUUCUUCUUUCUAUGGCACUAGCUGAGUGCGCAACUGCAAAGAUUGGUUUUGAAAAGAACAGGGUGUCCCAAGGAUUUGAAGCUCUUGCUCGUGCUCAGUGUCUUCUAAGGAGUAAAAAGUCUCUUGAGAAAAUAUCAUUGUUAUCUCAGAUUGACAAAGCUAAAGCUAUAUGUGAGUGUCUUAUUGCAUCAGAAGGUAAUGAUCUGAAAAUUGCGGAAGCUUUUUGCCUGUUUCUUCUUGGUCAGGAUAAUGAGGCUGGAAUUGUUGAAAAGCUUCAGAAGCUUGAUGUGAACAAAAAUAAGUUAAUACAGUCUCUAUGUAAACAAGGAAACCUCAGAGAAGCCCUGCAAUUCCUCCCACACGAGCCCAACCCGUCCCAACAGACCUAUGAAAUCUUAAUACUCUCUUGCACCCGCCAUAAAUCUCUCUCUGAUGGGCUUGACGUGCAUCGCCACCUUGUAGAAGGUGGGUGGGACCAGGACCCUUUUCUGGCUACCAAACUCAUAGAGAUGUACUCAGAAUUGGACUCUAUUGACAAUGCACGUAAGGUGUUUGGUAAAACUCGUAAAAGAACUAUUUAUAUGUGGAAUGCACUCUUCAGAGCACUUACGUUGGCAGGUCAUGGAACUGAGGUGCUAGAUUUGUAUCAACGAAUGAAUGCACUUGGGGUUUCAUCUGAUCGUUUUACUUAUACGUAUGCAAUCAAAGCUUGUGUUGUCUCAGAGUGUUUGAGUUCAUUCCUCCAGAAAGGGAAGGAGAUUCAUGGACAUAUUUUGCGGCAUGGAUAUGGGGCACAUGUUCAUGUUAUGACCACUUUGUUGGAUAUGUAUGCGAGGUUCGGGUGUGUUUCUUAUGCCAUUAGUGUGUUUGAUCUGAUGCAGAUUAGAAAUGUAGUUUCAUGGAGUGCUAUGAUUGCGUGCUAUGCAAAGAAUGGGAGGCCUUAUGAAGCCUUGGAACUGUUUCGGGAAAUGAUACUUGAGGCCCAUGAUUUGUUACCCAAUUCUGUGACAAUGGUUAGUGUGCUUCAAGCUUGUGCAGCUCUUACUGCUCUGGAGCAAGGGAGGUUCCUUCAUGGAUAUAUCCUCAGAAGAAGUCUUGAUUCAAUCCUUCCAGUUAUGAGUACCCUUAUCACAAUGUAUGCCAGAUGCGGUAAGCUUGACUUGGGUGAACGAGUUUUCAGCAUGAUGAAUAAGAAGGAUGUUGUUUCAUGGAAUUCUUUGAUUUCAAGUUAUGGCGUUCAUGGAUAUGGAAAGAAGGCAAUUCAAAUUUUUGAAGACAUGGUCUAUCAUGGAGUAUCACCGAGUCACAUUUCAUUCGUUAGUGUCUUGGGCGCGUGUAGUCACGCAGGUCUUGUUGAAGAGGGGAAGAUGUUGUUUAAUUCUAUGGUAAAAGAACAUGGAAUAUAUCCCAGCGUUGAGCACUAUGCUUGCAUGGUGGAUCUGCUUGGUCGUGCCAAUCGGUUCGAUGAAGCAGCCAAAGUCAUAGAAGAUAUGCGGAUUGAACCAGGUGCUAAGGUUUGGGGUGCUCUUCUUGGAUCAUGUAGAAUACAUUGUAAUGUUGAGCUGGCGGAGAGAGCAAGUAAAAGGCUAUUUGAGCUUGAGCCUAGGAAUGCUGGGAAUUAUGUACUUCUAGCUGAUAUUUAUGCUGAAGCCAAGAUGUGGGAUGAGGUAAAAAAAGUGAAGAAGCUUUUAGAAGCUCGAGAACUACAAAAGGUCCCAGGUCGGAGUUGGAUUGAAGUUAAAAGGAAGAUAUACUCAUUCAUUUCGGUUGAUGAGUUUAACCCACAGAUGGAGCAGCUCCAUGCAUUGUUGGCUGAAUUGUCAACAGAGAUGAAGGACAGAGGAUAUAAGCCGCAAACUAAAGUUGUCCUAUAUGAUCUUGAUGAGGAAGAGAAGGAACGAAUAGUAUUAGGCCAUAGUGAAAAAUUAGCAGUUGCAUUCGGACUCAUAAAUACCAAAAGGGGGGAAACUAUUCGGAUUUCCAAGAACUUGAGGUUAUGCGAAGAUUGUCACUAUGUUACGAAGUUCAUUUCCAAGUUUGCCGAUAGAGAGAUUCUGGUUCGAGAUGUGAAUCGCUUUCACCAUUUCCGUGAUGGGGUUUGUUCAUGUGGGGAUUAUUGGUAGUUGCAGGCUAUUAUUCGUUUCUUUCAUUAUUUUUCCCCUAAUAACUAAAGGAGAGAGGUGUUUGAGGUUAUAGAGAUCUUAAAGGUGUAUACUGUAUAAUAGGAACACUCUGUUAAAAAUUAUACAUGUUCUUUGAAAUCCUCAUCAAUAAAUGAUUUUUCUAUUUUUGUGAUUCAUAUGGGGAUGGUUGUAAUUUUCUCACCCUAUACUCCUUUUUGUACCACUGAUUUAACCCAGAUUGUGGAUUAAUAAAGACUUCAAUUUCAUUUCA